AAGAAAAAAGAAAAAAAGUUUUAAUUUUUUCAAGAAUCUAUGUGUAUAUAAGGAAAAAAAAAAGUCCCAUUUGAGUGAACUGUCCAACAAGUGGAGGAAUUUUGCUGUUUGAGGAAGUUUUUUUUUUUGUGAAGACGAAGAAGAAAAUGGCAUUGGGGAAUGAUUGUGAUAAUUUGGGGUUAGGCAUUGUGAGGAGUACCUCAUUUGGGCGAAAAAGAGUCACUUUAUCAAACACUGGUGACGUCAAUUUCGUUUCAACGACACCAACGAAGAGAAUCUGCAGCCAGACCUCGUUUUCUACAAACGACAAAUCUGACCUUGAGACGUUGCCUAAAGAUCUCUUGAUAAAAAUAGUAUGUCGAGCUGAUCACGAUGAUUUGAAGAGUCUGUUUCAUGUAUCAAGGACACUUAGGGAAGCGUCCUUGAUUGCAAAAGGGUGGCAUUUCGACUUUAGCACACCAAGAAAGACACUUCCUUUUCGAGAUGCUCUUGAUGUGGAGGAGUUAGGUGAUAUCGAUGAGGAAGAAAAAGCGCCAAAUGCUCCAAUGCAGUCGAAAAUUGCAAGGUCUCGGUUUAACAGAAAGAAGCUGGCUGACAUCUCUGUAGCCUUGUUUACAGACAGUUAGGCCAAGGAAAUUGAGGUAUAUAUAAAACUCAAAACAGAUUAUGUAUAGGUAUUGUUAUAGGAGAAACUCAGAAAGGAUAUCGUAGACGAACGAAGGGCUUGAUCGAAUGCCCUUGAAGAUCAUUUACCACCUUUGGAAAUUGUUUUAUAGUAGAAACUCAGAAAGGAUAUCGUAGACGAACGAAGGGCUUGCCCUUGAAGAUCAUUUACCAGCUCUGGAAGUUGUUUUAUAGUAGAAACUCAGAAAGAAUAUUAUAGACGAACGAAGGGCUUGCCCUUGAAGAUCAUUUACCAUCAUAGACGAACGAAGGGCUUGCCCUUGAAGAUCAUUUACCAUCAUAGACGAACGAAGGGCUUGCCCUUGAAGAUCAUUUACCAUCAUAGACGAACGAAGGGCUUGCCCUUGAAGAUCAUUUACCAUCAUAGACGAACGAAGGGCUUGCCCUUGAAGAUCAUUUACCAUCAUAGACGAACGAAGGGCUUGCCCUUGAAGAUCAUUUACCAUCAUAGACGAACGAAGGGCUUGCCCUUGAAGAUCAUUUACCACCUCUGGAAGUACAUUGAGUAGAGACUGUAGUAGGAACUCAAAAUGGAUAUCUAAGUCAAGUGAAGGGGUUGAUCAGAUAUCUUAGCGGGAAGAACAGAUCGGAUGGUUUCUUUGACAAUUACUUAACCAACUCUGGAAGGACAUGAAGUGGAGAAUUGUCAUCGGAUUUGAUCAUUGAUAGACGAAGCUCUCUCCUUAUCAUGUCAUUCCCUUAUGCGGUUCGCGCCCAAUGGAAGUCCCAAUCGAAGGUUAGACUAGGCAACCACAAUGGCUGAAAAGGAAGGGAACGAACGGACCAAGUACAAUAGCAACGCGAACGGCCACACAAGAAUCUUUACAUAAAGCCGUUGUUCUUUAAACCCUUUCAUUGAUGAUUAGCUAUGGCUUGUUUGUUCAUGUUAAUGAGUACAUUCCAUUAGAACUUUUCUUCUUGUAAAUAUGAUAACUUUUGCCUUUCUCCUUUAUCAAUGCUACAGUUUCAUGUUUAAUGGAAUGCAAGUAACUUUUGCUAGUC